GUACCUGGGAAUCCCAACACUAGGCCCAGGGUUGGAGAUCUUCCAUUGACACUAGUCUCCUUUCUAUGCUUUGGCUCUCCAUGCGAGCCAGAGACAAAUGGAUGCAAUCGCAAAUGCCACCCUCAAGAGGAAGUUUGAUGACGUGGAUGUGGGCUCGCCCGUCUCCAAUUCUGACGAUGAGAUCUCCAAUAGUGACAGUGCAGACAGCUGUGACAGUGUCAAUCCUCCCAGCUCUACUGGCUUUAUACCAACCUCCAUCUUGAAGAGGCAGAAGCAAUUGCGCAGGAAGAAUGUACGCUUCGACCAAGUGACGGUGUACUACUUUGCACGGCGCCAGGGGUUUACCAGUGUGCCCAGCCAGGGGGGCAGCUCCUUGGGCAUGGCACAGCGCCACAACUCCGUCCGCAGGUACACCCUUGGUGAGUUUGCCCAAGAACAAGAAGUGAAUCACCGUGAGAUCCUUCGAGAGCACUUGAAAGAAGAGAAGCUCCAUGCCAAGAAAAUGAAGCUGACGAAGAACGGCACUGUGGAGUCUGAGGAGGCGGAUGGCCUGACCUUGGAGGAUGUCUCCGACGAUGACAUUGACGUAGAGAAUGUGGAGGUGGACGACUACUUCUUUUUACAGCCCCUGCCAACCAAGAGGCGCCGGGCUCUCCUCCGGGCCUCCGGCGUCCAUCGCAUCGAUGCCGAGGAGAAGCAGGAACUCCGCGCCAUCCGUCUGUCGCGGGAGGAAUGCGGCUGUGACUGCCGCCUGUACUGUGAUCCUGAGGCUUGUGCCUGUAGCCAGGCAGGCAUUAAAUGCCAGGUGGACCGAAUGUCCUUCCCAUGUGGCUGUUCCAGAGACGGUUGCGGGAACAUGGCAGGGCGCAUUGAAUUCAAUCCCAUACGGGUGCGGACUCACUACCUGCACACCAUUAUGAAACUUGAGCUGGAGAACAAGCGGCAGGUGAGUCGGACCCAGGCGGUGGAUGAAGAGACCCCUCACAGCUCCAGCAGUGACUGGUUGGGAACCCAGUCCCCAGAGACGCAGGACUUCCAGGAGUUCAUGGCGGAGAACGAGACAGCCGUCAUGCACCUUCAGACAGCCGAGGAGCUGGACCGCUUGAAGGCAGAGGAAGAAGACUCGAGCAGCGGCUCCAGUGUGGAAAGCCUUGGCGUGUGCAUUUUAGAAGAGCCCCUUGCAGUCCCGGAGGGGAUGUGCCCCAGCAUGGCUACGCCCAUCCUCAUCCAAGCCCAGCUGCCUCCGGGUUCCUCCGUGCUAUGCUUUACGGACCCCUCUGAGCAGGCGAGCUCAGGCGAGGGCGACCAGCCCUACUUGAACAGUGGGCCGGUGGUGUACUAUCAGGUUGACCAAAGGUCAGUGCUGGGGGUGAAGGGAGAGAGUAGCACCGAAGAAUCAGAAGCACCCUCUUGUUACACGGAGGAGAAGGAGCUGAGCGUCUACUCGGUCCCUGUGACUUCCCUGGUGCCUUGCGGCCGAGCUGCAGCCUCCAGCAGGGCGGAAGCAGGGGAUGCUGUUCAGCCCCUGGAGCCUCUUCCUUCUGAAAGCCGCCAAUCAGAAGGUCCUCCCUCACCAAGCCUGCCAUUCCACACAAACGCGUCGCCAGACAUUUUGCGGCCCCAGAGCCUUGGGCAGUCUCCAGAGAGAGCCUGCGAGCUUUCCUCUUCCGAUGAAUGCACUCUGGGCCCCCCUGCUCUGACCGUGUGACACACCCUAACCCUUCGCAGCUCUUAAUCUUGAUGAUGAUGAUGAUGUCUAUUUAUUGACAGCCAUUUUGUUGAAUGGUCACAGUCAGUGGGAAUUAUUUAAUAUGGGGCAAGUGGGGAGGGAGGGGAGAGAAGGGGGACUGCUUUGUAUAGGCUUACUAUCAAAGGAAUUAAAGGAAGCGCUUACGGCUCAAAGGGAGAGGUUUGCUCUGCAGAGUGGGUUGACCUCUUGAUGCAGAAGCGGCUGGACCACCGACAAGGGACCGUUGGAAGGAGGCAAGGACCAAAUUGUGUGCAUGUGUCUCACAGAAGCAAUAGAGAGCGAACCUGCAGAGGCAGAAGAGGGCAUUGUUGCUACUGUUUGCCAUCAGGACCGUUCUGAGCAAUGGAAGCUCUCCCUCCUUCUCCCUCCAGUCGCUCCGUCGGGGUGAAGCUGCUGCUGCCGUCCAUCCCAUUCUGUCAUUUUCAUUGCUCUGUCUUCUGGGAGAUGGUGACUUUGCCUGUUUGAACCACUUCGGCCAGUUAACAUAGCUUAGGCUCUACAAACUCUUAUUUAUGUGACAUUUCCUGCCCUCCUUUCCCUUGGGGGAAUAAUCCUGUAUAUUUUUUAAAAUGCAGUAUGGGUUAACUUUUGCUUACGACCGGUUACUUCUACAGUUUGGCAUGCAGCUGUCCCAUGGACCUACAUUCAUCCUCAAGUCUCCUGCUGCUUCCCAGUAGCUUCAUCCAAACAGGCUCAUCCUCUUUCUUGCCAGCCCUUAAUGAGGGGGCUGGCCAGAGCAAUCAGUUUUAAUUGUACUCAGUUUUGUUUUUGAUUUUUAUGUGCUGAAUGUUUACUGGGGCAUCUUGUGACCUAUAGCUGAUACUCCAGUAUCUGUUCUGGGAUCUGCUGCCUCUUUGUCAUGUUAACUCCUUCUGGGGUCCGGUUUUUUGAACACUAAUUGCACCAGGGUGCAGUAGGGUUGAUCUUCCUGGUGGAAGGGUAUAUCUCUCUAUAAACAACCAGAGUUUUGUUUGGAAUACGGAAAUAUACAAAGGCCUUCUUAUCCUUUUUCUCUAUGAUUUUACAAAUUAUUUUCACCCUUGACUUCAGCUAUUUCAGAAUGUUCCAUUCUCGUUAUACAAGUGUUUUUGAAGUAAGUUUUUGAGCUUUCUGUUACUUGCUACAGAGAAUUUUGAAUGAAUUUGGAUGGCAAAGAGAAGAAGCAUAAACAAUGGAAUGGCAGCCUGGCAGCUAGCAAGCACAAAGGGUUCAAGCAAAUGUGCAAUAGGAUGGUAGUGAUGAAGCCUCUCAGGUUUUACACAUCAAUUUGUGAUCUCCAUCCCUAAGAGGUGUGCAGUGAAUGGCUCCAAGAAUCCUGGAAUAAAAGGGGGGGGGGAAGAUGGGAGUCAUUAGAGCUGCCAGUCACCCCCUUUAUGACUACUUCCCACCCUAUGUAGAAUAACAAAAGCACUUUUUAUCCACUAUCCUCCACUUUUUUCCGCUAUGGUGGAGUGCCCUAAGGAGUGGCCCAAGCCUUCUUUUCUCCACUAUCCCCCAACCUUUGUGUAGUAAAUCGGAAGGGUUUGGCUUGGAUCACAUCUAAGCUAUCACAGUGACCCCUCUGUGCUGACUUCUAAAUAAGAUGGAACCCAUGAAGAUGACACUGACUUAGAUUUUCCCUGUCUGCCCCAAUUCUUUUUUCGGACUGCUCGAGGCCUCCAUGACUUGCACAAGCCUUCUGGCUACUUAAUUGCCUCAUGUAGCUUAGGAAUUCCCUAUGCAGGAAGAGGCUACUGCACUUAUAUUUAUUUAGAAAGGAGGCGAAAUUUAAGCAGCCAAAGGUGGGUAAUGUUUUUCCAUCAUCGUUUGUCUCAAGAAGGAAGUUAACACAUUCAUAGUAUCCGGAAAGCAGGUCAUCUUUGAAAGCCUCUCCUGUUCAGGCUGGCAGAGUCGAUUAUCAGAUCUUUCAAGGAAAUGGUUCUUUUGAGUAUCUGGCACCUUGGGAGAGAUGGGUUGGAGGGAGGGAGGCUUGACAGAGAAGCCCAAGUUCGCUCGCUCUUUUCAAUGCUAAAAAUACUUGGUAAAAGGAAGAACAAAGCUGUGUUCCCAAUGCUUCCUUCCUGUUUCUAUCAUAAUGAUACUUGGGCAUUUCUAGGGAGAUUAAAUGAGCAGAAGCAAAUGGCUUUGAAAUGACAGUAGAAUGGGAGAAACCGUAUGACUCUAAUGUAGCCUCUGACCUAAAAUGGCCUUGAAGCCCAUGGAAAUCCCAUCUUGCUGUGUAGAUGGGGCUUCAAAACAGAUGUUUAUCUAUAAAAAGACUUCAGUGUGUUAGCAACUUGUUAAUUUUAGCUUUAUUUUCCCAGUUUUCCUUGUGUUCUUUGGCGUGUAUGACACACCAGAACCUCCUGUGCUUUCUUGCCAAUUUGAGAAGUUCUUAAUUACUAUCUUACUGACUCCUGCUGCAGCAAAUGGCUUAGAAAUGACUUGAGAAGAAAUGGUGCUUUGUAUGUGCAGAAGGCAGGUUUUGCCUUUGUGUAGUGACUUUAAAAGGGGAAAGAGGCUCCCAAGCAUUUAAGGAUAGCCUUAAAAUGUCUGUCAAUGUCAGUGACUGCCUUGCAGAGCAAAGGGCCACACCUCUUGAUGUUUCUCCUUGCCACCUCCACCCCAGUCUCAUUGCUGGGAGUUAUUUUGCCACAGCUUGGUCUUUUAUGCUUCUUUUCCGCUGCAGUCAAGUUGGGCUAAAGAGGCGCACUGGUGACAUUAAUAGGAAUCCUUCCCAAUGUCUGUACUAAUUGUUUACAAAAUUAAAAAGGUGCUAUACAAAAAAUAGCUGGCUUUAUUCUUAAAGGCAGCCAUUUUCUGAUGUGAUCCUGUCAGUGGCCUAUGCGUUCACUCUGCUUCAGUUCAGAAACAAGGUUUGAAUGAUGUGCGUGGGAAUGUGCUUCUCUGAAGCCAACGGUGCAGCUGGAAGCGCCAUAGUUAAAAAGCAGCAAGGACAAAAUGUCUGUCUCAGAAAAUCUGACCCAGGAGGGUUUAUGUAUGCCCUGUUGCUUGCUUGCCUCCCUACAAAGGGCACUGCAGACUUUGCUAUUUGCCUUGCUAGCAGCUUCCUAUUGUAGGUGAGGCACGCUGCUGUAUGACAAAAUGUACCCACCUUUUUGCCUGGAAAUGCCUCUGUGCCUGCAGCUGACUGUUGCAGCAUUCACCUCAAAGCCAUAGGCAGCCACGGUGGUAAUGGUGGAGAGCCCUGGAGUGGCCCAUGCCUCCUUGGUUUUUGUUCCCUUUAAUACCAUGGUGUUCUUUGGCAGACUGGCCUAUGAUCCACUCUAAGAAGAAUGUGCAUACAUGGAGAGAUCUGAUAAUGUAAGAACCUUCUUUUGUAUUCUCGAAGGCUCUCACGGCUGGCAUCCGAUGGUUGUUGUAGAUUUUUUGGGCUGUUUGGCUAUGUUCUG